AUGCCCAGCGUACCGUUCGGGAAGGAGAUGAAGCUUCCCAACAACCUGAACGAGAUGGCGACACCUCGGUUGGGCGAACCGCUCGGGUACGAAGGCUCGGACUCGGCCGCCGAUAAGCUAGUGCUGUUCGUACCGGCUCGUUUAAACGGUCUGGUCACCGGGCAGUACCUGCUGGCUGGGCUGCCCUGGCUGAGCCUGGCCCCAGAGCCGGUGGACACUCGGGCCAGGCUCAGACACCUUGCCGUUGCGGGCGGCUGCCGUGGCUGCGUCCUGGCGCCCGCAGCCAAGCGGUCGUUCCGUGUCGGCGAAAGCUUCGCUCAAGUCGCCACUGUCUCAGCAUCGUCAAGCCUGGCACGCCAAGAUAUCCGCCCCAAUUUGAUGCCCGUUGAGUAUCGCAACACCAUGUGA